AUGAAGUGCAGAAUUGAGGAUGGGGCUCACACAGCAAGGCACAGGCACAGUCGCCAUACACCGUCAGCGAAGGCGUGCUUCGACAGCAGCCAGGGGUCAGAAGUGGCGCCCCCUGAGGUGUGGAACAGCCUGCAGCCGCUAGUGGCGCUGUCAGCGCUGGUGGGGGUGCCGCCAUGCCGGCCCAGGUGGUCGGCCACGUUGGACGCUGUGUCACGCCUCUACAGCCUCGCUGUCCUCUGUUCCCUCGUCUACAUGGGUUACAGUGCAGCAGCGCGCGUCAUCCAGUCCUUCAGGCCCAGACCCAACUGCUACAGUUAUUUCGUGCCCAGACUGCUGGGUUGCGGUGUGGUCACCUCGGCUGCCUGCGCAUCCGUGCUAGCGCUCCUGGCAGCCCGUUGUGACUGGUUAUGCACUUUCUCGGCGGAGCUCCAGCGGGUAGACGACCUCCUGGGCGUCGACAAGUGGAAGGCACACCGCACCACCAAACUCUACCUGUUCAUCUCGCUGGGUCUUCUGAUGACAGCUUACAUCGGAAUCGUAACCUGGGACACCAUAAUUGCUUCCUAUUACGAUGUACUAACUGAGAUCAUUGUCUUUGUAAUCACCAUAACAUUUGAACAGUUCUUUAUUUUUGCUCUGAUCAUCAGAUACCGGUUCCUUAUGCUAAACGAAGCUGUGCUGCACAUGUUCUCUUAUCAAAAGGAGACCUUAAGCAUGACGAACAUCACAGCGACGACAAGUCGACAGUGUCACCUUUCCCCACUCUCUUUACCUAGUAAGCAAAACUCUCUGAAGCAAAGCACUUGGCCAGCGUCUUGCGACCAGCUGUUAACGGUAAAGGUCGCCCACAAUAAACUCUCCAAUUUAGCCAGUGCUUUGAAUGAAGUGUACACUGUUCCUAUUACAGCGAUGGUCUUGCAAGCACUGACCAGUGGCGUGCAAGUGAUUUUCAAUGUCCUGUUGCUCCUUUUAGAUGAGGAAGAAGACAAUAACGUGCUGGUCCUCCCAGACAUCUGCUAUGUUGUAAUGACUACAAUAAAUGUGGUAGCCCUCGCCUGCUGCUGUCAGUCCACUGUCUCACAAGCGAGAAGAACAGCCAGCAUAGCAGAGGACCUCAUUGUGGCCAAUGCAGCAGCUGGCGACAGCGAGGCGGCGUCCCAGCAGCUCCGCCAGCUGUCCAGGCAGGUGCGCCACAGCCCCGUGUCGUUCAGCGCGUGCUCGCUCUUCAGCGUCGACGCCACGAUGCUGGCGGCCUUCCUCUCCACUGUCGCCACCUACACCAUCAUCCUGCUACAAUUCGCCGUCUCCAACAAUAGUUGCAUCUGGAAAAAUUUUCCACUGGGUACUGUGGGAUCUGAUACCAAUGAGACUACUUCUCCAUUACCGUGAAACCCUAUGCAGCGCUUUGCUUUUGUAAUACUAGAAGAGUAUUCAGGGUUUCUCAAACCUUUUGGGUCAAAAUGGAACAGGUGGUAGUGGGGUCCACAACAGAUUAUAUUGAAACAGGGAGUCAACGGUCGGAAAUGCAUACACAUUGUACACCAUAUAACGACAAAGUAGCUGACAGUAACUGUUCAAAGCGACAACCGCCAGUCUCAGUGCUUGUACUGCAACAGAGCAAGCAGUUCUGCUGCACUCUCGCAGAGAUCCGUGAUGUCUGUUGAACACAGGAACAGGCAGUGGACGGUAGAGUACAAUCGUGAUCACCAAACAGACUUUACACAACUUAGUUCAUAGUAUGUGUGUCAUGUAACGACCACAUGCAUCGCACUGGAGCGUUAACCUGUGCUGCAUGCACACCACUAUCCCUUGUGUCAGUUGUCUAUUGCAACAGACAGCUUGUGAUGUGUCCAUGGUGAGGUGCGUUACUGUGUACAGUGCAUAAUGCACAGUUCAAGAAGGAACUUUACUUAUCACGAGACUUUGAAGACAAUUACUGUACAGUGCUGCAGGAUGUAGUGUCCUUAAAGCAGCACGAAUGUAUAGAGAACACUUCCCAACAGACGUCAUCCUAAUUACAAGAAGUUUAUCUCUGUGGAUAACAAUGUAUCAGAGAUUGGGUCGUUCAUGCCAAGGUUCCCAUCAAUGAAAUAUGUCGGAACUCCAGAUUUUGAGAAGAAGUUGCUUGAUUGUGUGGCCAAACACCCAUCAAUAAGGACCCAUCAACUUGUUCAUAAAAUACACACUUCGAAAGAUACUAUGUGGAGAAUACUGGUACAACAAAUAUUACACUCCUAACACAAAGAACGUGUGUAAGCCCUGGGACCAACUGUUUUUGAGGCCUGUGUUCACUUCUGUCAAUAGAUUAUCCCCCAAUAGUUCUGUAGUGCCGAACUUUGUACAGUUUUUAUUGCUCACGGAUGAGGACUCACUCACUUUUCGAAGGCGUUUUCAACACCCACAACAGUCACGUCUGGAGUAUGGACAAUCCACACGCAAUGCAUAUCGGUGGCCACCACCAAUGAUCCUCUGUCAAUGUAUGAGAGGGCAUUGUCCAAUGUCAUCUAAUAGGAAUUUAUUUGCUGCCUCCCCAUUAGUGUGGACCAUGUUAGCUGGUGUUCCUGCGAGAUGUGCUGCCACAGUUCUUGGAGACUGUACCUCUCGUUUUUCAUGAAGGGAUGUGGUUUCAGUGAGACGGAGUACCAGCUCACUUUGAUGUUAAUGUCCACGAGCACCUGAACAAAACGUAUCCUUUUUGUUGGAUUGGAAUGGGAGGUCCUGUGCCACAGGCAGUGCCAUCGCCAGAUCACACACUUGUGGACUUUUUCCUCGCGGGUUAUCAAGACUUUGGUGUAAGAAAAACCCUUAGAAACGAAUGAAGACCUGUUUGCUAGGGCCCAAACUACCUGUCUCCUGGUACAACAGACACCAGGGAUCCAUGAGAGAGUGCGGCAGAGCUUCGUGCACCUUGUCAUGCAUGCAUUGAAACUGGCGGUCCCCACUUUGAACAAUUAAUGUGAUCUAAGUUGUUAUUAUGCGGUGUACUCGUCCAUAGCACAAUAAAUACACAUUUCCGAUCAUUGCUUCCCUGUCUCAAUAUAAUCGGUUGUGGACCAGCUGUCAUAUGCUUCAAUUUGACUCAGAACGUUUGAGACACCCUAUAUAUUUCGUGUGUAGCCGUAGCAAGGUGAUCCUACGUGCCUGACAGAACAGCCAAAGCUGUGUCCCUCCCUCACCAUUAAGACAAACUUUCUGUAUUUUUUCAAAGCAAAAUUUUAAAAUUUUGUAAAUAGGUUUAAUAAUAAUUAACCCUUAUUGCAAAAUAUUACUAAAAUGAAAUAUACUGAUGAAAAAUACUGAACACAACAAAUUCAAGGUACUAUUAUAGU